GGCGCCGUUGGGGGACGCAGUGCAUGCGCUCUUUUUUUCCGCCCACUGGCCUCAUUCCAUACGCGCCGUUUUUGGGCGAAUUUCUUUCCAUCCUCGCUCGGCCCGCCAACGGGGGCCGCAUGCGGGCUCCGCUGGCUUGCGGCCAGCGAGGCUUUGGCGCCGGCAGUGCCUCGGCGGCCGGCCCUUCCAUGGGUAGCGCGCCCGGAAUAGGAGGCUGGUCGAAAGUUAUAGCCUAUAAUGUAUAUUCAUGUUGUCGUGGAAUGCCGCAACCAAACGCACAGGCAACGCUAGAAGUUGCGCUCUGUUGGCCGGAGAGAAAUCAAGGAACGGGAUUGCCAAUGAACUAAGCUGCGACAAGUCGACGUGGUGGCGCCGGGCGCUUGACUCCGGAGUCUGGUGCCGUGUUCGGCUCUAGCGAAGAGCCCCAUGUCCAUGUCUACCGAGGAGCGGCGCCACGUGUGGAGCCUGUUAGUUUGUGGCCUUUGUCGCACAUCAUCAGGGUUGAUUUAGUUGCAUGCCCCUCCCUUCGUUCCUUUUGUGUUCGGGCAGCUUAUUCUUUAUUCAGUUUUGCACUUCUGGUUGGUCGGCCACUUGGGUGCCAGUAUGCAUGGAUGAGCGUCGACAGAAGCAAGUGAGCUCCGCUUCGUUUUCGUUUACCCGCAGCGCGAUGUCGCUGCACCUGUUCCGUCCGCGGAAGCGGGCAUCACCAUGGCCGAGCAAGCAUGUCUCUCUGCUUCGUCUCUUCUUGCUUCCGGUGUCAUGGUUGCCUGCCAGCCUGCUCCCGGUCGGGACCCGUGCGAAGCUCGCAACUCGCGCUGAAGGCAAGCAGCGAGCGAUCACUAAGAUCGUGAAGUUGUUGGAAAAGAUGGAGGACCAACUGGAGAAGGACCAAGACGCCGACGACGACGCGAAGACGAAGAUGGACUGCUGGUGCAAGAACAACGCGCUGGAGAAGACCGACGCGGUGAAGCAGAAGGAGGCGGAGAUUCGGCAGUUGAACAGCGAGAUCGCGGCGCAGGGAGCGGAGGCGGCCCGGCUCAAGCUAUCUUUGGAGCAACUGGAGAAGGAUCUCGCCGAGAACGCGCAGGAAAUCGUCGAGGCGGAGGAGCGGCGGGAGCGCGAACACGAGGAAAACCAGAAGGCCAUCCUGGAGCUGACCGAGUCCGUCGGCCAAAUUAACUCCGCAAUCGUCGUGCUGCGUAAAAACACCGACUCGGCCCGCGCGGGCGCGGUGCUGAUGAAGUUGAAGAGCAAGGUGCAGGCUGGCGGUCAGGCCAGCUUGCUAUCCGCGGCUCUACGCGAGAAAUUGUUCGGGCUAAACCAACUUUCAGCUACAGCUUCUACAUCCGAACAGAAGAUUUCUGCGAAUUACAAAGCAACCGCCACUUCUCCUCCUUCGAAGGGGGCCAGUUUUCUGCAGGCAGACCAGACGGAGCAGCAGACGCCACUAGACACCACCUCCGUGGUAAGCAUGCUGACGGAGAUGCAGGUGACGUUCCAGGCUAACCUGCAAGAGACCGAGCAGCGAGAGGAACAGGCAGUGACCGCGUACCUGCAGUUACGCGAGGAUCGGAGCCAGCAGGCGGAGCGCAUGCGCGAGCAGCGCACGACCAAGCACGAGGCGCUUGCGCGGGCGGUCGAGGCGGAAGCGGACGCGAAGGUCGCCCUGUCCGAGGCCGAAGAGAUGCUGGACUCACUGGACGGCUGGAUCAGCGAGGCACGGAAAAUUUGCGCGGAAGCCGAAGACAUGUACGCAGUCCGAACGAAAGAGCGCUCGGAGGAACGGAAAGCACUCGGGGAAGCUGUUGGGGUACAGAAAUUCUGUUUGUUUCAGACGAGGCACUUCUCUUUUUUUUGUUUGUGCAUGAUCAGCCAGCGUCUCCGUCUUGUUCAUCACAUUCACUACAAGUUCACGCACAGCUCCUCCAGAAAGUUGACUGGAACAUGCGCGCCAGCAACAAGGUUUUUGUUUCUGAAAUCUACUUCAUCUACUGACAAAGAUCACCCUUGUUUUGCAUUCGCUUUACAUGCCAUGGAAUACGUUUAUGUUAUCGUUAGUAUGAAACUACUUCAACAUGAUAUACCACCAGAUCCUCGCAUCCGAUGAAGCCCGGGACGCGUUCAAGAAGGUGCAGCCACUGGAAGGAACCUCCGGCGCGGCAACGAGCUUUUUGCAGUUGGGUGUUUGGCGGUCGCCGGCCAUGUCGUUGAUUACCUCCGCGUCGGUGCAGAUGGAGCGCUUGUUCCGCCCGAUUUUCGAGCUGGACACCAACGGGCGCAGAAAGCAACUGGCGGUGGAACUGCUUCAGGCGGCCAAAAUCAAGAAGGAACAACUGCGGCAGACUCCGAGCGGCGAGCGCACCGGAAAAGCGCUGGACAGUGUGGUGGAGCGGAUUCUCGGCUUGAUUGCCGACCUCAAAUCCGAGAACCGCGAGGAGCAAAUCGAGAAGGCGCGGUGCCAGAAGAGCAUGCACGACCACAGUCUGGAGGACCAGCGACUGAGCAACGAGGUCCAGAAGACCGAGACCGAGGAGGGGCUGUUGCAGGGCAAGUUGGAAGGGCUCGAAAAAGACGAGGAGCAGGCGAAGGAGGAGAAGAAGGACCUGGAAAAGCAGAUGGCCAAGGCCGAGAAAAACCACGAAGCGGAAAAAGCGGAUCUGGAAACGCAGAUUGGCGACCAGAUCGCUGUGCAAAAACUGCUGAUCCGCGCUUUGCGGGCUCUUCAAGCCUUCUACGACAAGAAAGCCAGCGCCGACGAACUGGAGGAAACGAUGGGAGACGAUAGUAGUGCCGCGACCACCACCGUUCCUGCGACUUUGUUCGUCCAGAAAACAUCAAGCGGCGUCAGUGCCGCGACUGCCCUCCGGCGCUUUAGGCAGGACCCACCCCCGCCACAAUUCCAGGCGUAUGAAGCACACGACUACCGCCACGGGGUCUUGCAGAUGCUCGAAAACGUCAAAAACGAGGCUGUUGUAUCAAAAUGAAAUGUGUUUGUUGAUGUCGAUGUAGAAUUUUAUUUUACAACAGUGGUGCCUUUCGGCAGAUAGAGCAAGGGCGUAGCAAAAAUGAGGAUGAAGUUGUACUUAGGCCGUCUAGGCAGCAUUUCGAGAACAAUUAAGGUACUACAUAGUUUUCUCGGUCCAAAGGGUAUCAGCAAAGCCACCAGAGCGAAACGAACUGAAGAUCAAAGAUCUUUCAAAACAUGAUCUCCGAACUCAUUAGACGUCCCAAAUCAACGUCAACCUGAUGUUCUUGUGUCAGCACAAAAGAUCCUACAGCAUCAAGAACCCCUUUCCUUUGCAUAGCACAGUGCCCAGCAGCAGUUGGAGCGGUCUAUGUCGGAAGCGAUCGCGAACUACGGCGCAUUGGUGUCGGAGAACACCAAAACGAUGGAGGCACUGCAAACGAAGCUGGCCGACCUGGACGCGGAGCAGGCAGCGACCACGAAAGACCUGUCGGCAACACAGGAGGAGCUGAAGAACUUGAAGGCCGAACACUACACACUGACGGAAGCCAUGGCAGGGGAGCGGAAACUGUGUCUGCCCGUCCUCGAGAAGUUCGCGCAAAACCAGGAGGCGCGCACGCGCGAAGCAGAGGCGCUGAACGAAGCCAUCGCUAUCCUCAAGGGUGCCGACAUCGACUCAGGUGAAUUCGCGGAAAAAACUCUCGGGAACCCGUGAUUGAAAAGCGGAGGAUUAAUGUUUCAUCCAGCAUUGUGACGGACGAACACAGGUCGACACAGUUCUAGUUGCGCUUUUUUUUCCUGAAACUUCUUCAUUCGUCGACGCAAAAUGAAGGGGGAAACACAGUCAGAUUCCAUCUAAUUGCAGGGAAAACUUUUGUGUCCGUACUGGCGCCGGUGAAGCGAGGACAAUAGCGAGGUAUUUUAUGUAUGAUGCUGGCGAGCAAAAUGCCCAUGCCACGGGCGACGUUUACUAAACCUCGUUCAAGAACAUUGUACCCAGUGACAGGAGCUGGAUCUGCACGUAGAAAAUGCUGACCCUGCCUGAAGCUUUUUUUCUUUUCUAUCACUUUGCAUCUGAGUGAAGGUGAACAGCACAGC